AUGAACGUUCCACAUUCCGGCUUACUUGUUAAGUGUUUAAUAGGUUCUCUAUGCGUUUUAUCAAUAAUUUCGGCUAUCACUAUGAGCCAAGUUGUCAAAUCUUUCAUAGAACUUAAGCAUAAAUCAGAAUAUAAAACUCCAGUCGACGAAUACGCUCAGAAAUUCCUUGAUCAAAGAGAUGCACUCAAUCUUAUCCCAACACGUUAUGCAGUCGAUAAAUCAUUCCUUCUUCCACCUUCAAACCAAGCUCGCCGCGGUGUUUGCUGGAUUUUUGCUACCCUUUUCAUGCUCGAGUCCCAGUACCGCGCCAAUGGUAUCAAGAAAGGCUUCCUUAAGGAAAAUCAAUACGUUACCUUCUCAAAGCAAGCAUAUGGCGCUUAUCUUGGCAAUAACUGCAAGGAAAACCCAUCAUUACCUGUUUGCAAACAUGGUGGUCUUGGCAAGCCAACUAAUGAUACAGACGACCAGCUCGUUGACUCAAUCUAUUACUUCCAAAAGGCAUUUCCAAAAUUAAAUGCUUCAAUUCUCCCAGAAACCGUUUGCCCAUACAUUGAAGAAGGUGGUGAAUCCACAGACUUCAAGUGCGACGGAAUGAAUGAAGCAAUCAAGCAAAAUCCAAUCGGAUUCAAUAUUAAGUCCUACAACUACGCCGUCAACGUUAACAACACCAAGAGAUUACUCUACAAGGCCAAGAGACCACUCGGCAUCGGCGUACCAAUCGGAGAAAACUAUUUCUUCGCUCCAUGCGAUUCCUCCAGCUACAGCACAGAUGAUGAAUGCGUUAAGCAGACUACACCAUGCCCAGCCGGUUACCAAGCCAAAUUCUGCAAGAAAGUCACAAUUGAAGGCAGAAUUUAUGAUGGCACUUUUUCAUUUAUUAACGAUGCCAACAGAUCAUCAUUCCUUGGUGUCCAUGAGAUGGACAUUGUCGGCUACAACGACGAGUGGGUCUAUACAAGCAAAUGGGACACAGAUAAGUCCAUGGCCUUAAUGAAGGGCGGUUUCAUCCUCCACAACUCAUGGCGCGAGGUUGGCCACUCCGUAGACUUCCUUCUCGGCAAGAAAUCCUACGAAAACGAAAUGGUUACAUGUCCAAAUCAUAAAGUUUCACAAUACUGGAUCCCAGUCAGCUACUCCUGCUUCCAGGAGAAGAAGGAUGUCAGCCAGUGCCUCUCUGGCUCAUCAUGGGUCCGUGGAAAGGCAAAUGUCAACAAACCAGAUCUUCUCAAGUGCACAAACGAAAAAUUCUGCGAUACAAACCUCCAUUACGUACUCGCCUAUACCGAUGAUGAAGGUGCUUUCACUGUCCAGCACCUCUUCUCCGGUUUAGAUUUGACAAGAAUGGCUACAAUCGAUGCCGAUGGAAAUGUCAACACAAUCUUAUACGACAAGCUUCCAUUCCACUACUUGGGACGCGUUUUCCAGCCAAUUGACGUUGUUGACAACAAUCAAGACGAUUGCGGCUACUUCAUGUUCCCAUACGACGCUAUCGACAUGUUACAACGCAAGGACUGGGAUAAACUCGACUACUUCCACUCAUCAGAUAUCGAAUUCGAGUUCCCUGAUUACUCAUACGCAGCAAACAAGGCCAAGUACCCACAAUACAACUACACCCUCCUCGAACAGUCCACACACGAAUGGAAUCCAGUACCAUUUGAUGGUCCUCUUCCAUACCAGUACGUAUUUUAA